AUGCCAGAGCGUUCAGGAAGAGGGGGAAACAACGGGGAUCCUGAUUCCGGGCUCAAAAAGCCACUGCGGCGGGAGAAUGGAGGACUGGGACCACGCAGCUCUUUUUGCGAGAACUAUGGAGCUCUUUUCGCUUCUACAGACCUCUUUAUCUCUUUCCCGGACCCGAAAAAUGAAAACCCUCUGCAGUCUGUUAAGGAGGACACUGAAACUGGCAAGACCCAAGGUGCUUUCUGGCUUCAGUCUCUUGUUAUUGAUGCGCUCCAUGGCAAAGGGUUUCACGUAAUAGAAGACUAUCUGCAGCAGAAAGAGAGCUAUGUGCCUCAAAAAUAUAACCACCUCUUCCUGCACCAUCUCGACAGAUCGAUAAAUGAGGAACUGGAUAAAAAGGAGUUCCAGAAUUGUUCCCUGCUGCUGAAAUGUAUCCAGAGAUUCCUUAAAGACGACGGGGGCCAAAAGGAACCCUUGUUAAUUGAGCAAGGGCUGGUCCCAAAGAUGGUUUCCUGGUUUGAAACGGUAACAGGAUUUCUGACGACAAAAGACACGGCCUCAGAGGCACUGCUGACGAAGGCGUUGGAAGACUUCCUCGACACUGCACUGAUCAUUUCCAGGCACAGCAGGAAAGGGACAAUCCAGAUGCUGGAUUCCUUCCUACUUAGUUUAGGACGGCUGGUGGCGAACGGCACCGGCACCGUGGAGCUCUCCAUUCAUCAGGAGGCGCUGAGUACCCUGAACUGCAUUUUGGACGCUGCACCCCGGGAAGAGAGAAGAAAGCUCUCUUCAGCAGAAGGCACGUGCAGUGUUAUGAAAGAAUUGGCAAGGACAAUCUUGACCGUGGGAGAUUAUAACCAGCAGGUUGCUCUCUCCGAGGCAUUGUGUAGAAUGACCUUCAGAACACUGAGGAAUGAGCUUGCUCUUCAGUGGUUUGAUGAUGCAGUCCUGGCUGAAGCUUUCAAAGAAAUUAAGAACCAGGAUUUUGAGACGGACUGUCGCCAGUUUCUCAAUUUCCUGAACAACCGACUCGGAGAUAAGAGAAGGGUCUACUCAUUCCCUUGCUUGGCGGCUUUUGCUGAUGAGCGGGAGUUGAGAAAACCAGCAGAUGAAAAACUAGAGGAAUUUUGGAUUGAUUUCAAUCUAGGAAGCCGGAGUGUGACUUUUUAUAUAGAUAACGAAGAGAGUGUUUUGUGGGAGCCAGUACACCUUCCGAAGGAAGCAGUGCUCGGGUUCAGCGUAACAGAAAAUAAUAGGAUGAAGAUGUUCAUCAUUUACCUGAAGGAGCCAAUUAUUAUCAACAAGAAAGAAGCAAAGACAAUAGAAAUCCACUUCGACAGGCAACUUGACAUAUCACAAGCUUCACUUCGAGCUUUGAGAGGGGAUGAACAGAUUCCUGUUUUGGUAAAAGUCUCCCCUGGCCUUGAAAAAGAAGAUGGUAAGAUUCCUAGUAGCCCCAAACAAGAAGCAGUAUUGAAUACAGAGCACGCAGAAGAAUCCACAGCCCUUCCAGGGUUCGUGGAUGAUGAAGAUGACCGUUGCAUCAUAACUCGCAGCUUGAAUGUUCAAUCAGAGCUUGCUACACAUUCAGAAGACCGUUCCCCUGAAACACUAAAACCACAGGGCCCCAAACAAGAAAUUACUUCAAAACAUGAGCAUUCUUCACAUGUGCAAGAAUCACCAGUUCAAACUCAGCCUUCUCAAUCAGAUGAUGGGAAGGACGAUUCUGCCUUCAGGAGGGACAGAGAACAGGACGGGAGGAUGCCGUUUAAUUACAGGAAACAUCACUUUUUUGAGAGUAAUGAAGAUUCAAGUUCAAGUGCCAGUGAACGAUCUUGGACCCAGAAUUACAAACGGAAAUCCCUAAGAACAUAUUCCCAGAGAAGGAAGCCAAGAGUCAGGUCUCUAAGGAUCCUACCGCUUUCCCCCAUCAGUAGUGGCAGAGCUCGUGAGAAAGAUCAGGUUACGCUAACACCAGUAUGGAAAGGCAUCUCCAGGCAAAAUGAUACCAUUCUUCCAACAUCUUCUCAGACAAAACUACAAGGGAGUUCUGUGCUUUUAACGCCUGUGGCAUCUACACCGAAAACGGAACUUGGAACUCCUCAUCCAUUGGGCAGUUUCUCUUCCUUCGAGCACCCAGAAGUUGAAGAAAAUGUCCCUCAGAUUGUGAGCCGAGAAUUGUUCAUGGAAAACAGCAUCAAACACAAGCUGGAAAAUUCAGAAUACAGACGUGAGAUGCCAGAUGGAAGUAUUGCUGCCCCGAAGCAAUCAAGAUUGGAAGAUGCUCCAGGAUCCCCCGCUGUGACAGAUAUUUCUACUCCAUCCCAAGAAGACAUGCCAGAUAGCGCAAAUAGCUCUGCUUUGAAAACAGCCCUUGAAAACUUCACUAGAGAGAUGAAAAGAAGAUUUGAGCUCAAGCAGAAAGAAAUUCCACUUUCUUCAGAGAAGGCGAAGGACGUGCCAGGCUGCCUCAUCAGACUUUGGAACCAGAUAUACACACGCAGACUGAACAAGCUGGAGAGGUUUCACAGUUCGGUUCUUCAGGAGCUGAGCAACUUGGAGGAGAAUCUUCAGGGUCUCAAACGCCUCGAAGAGGAUGGUCUGGAGUUCUGGGAGAAACAGUCGGCUGACUUGGAGUCAUUCUGUCAUCAGCAAGAGCUGAGGUUUAACUCAGCUCAGCCUUUAUAAGGCUAGCCAAAGCCUGGCUUUAUGAUUGCACCCCUCAGGUAGG